CCCAGGACCAUCGAAGGGUUGCAGCGGCUGCAGAGCUGGCCAACGAAUGGAACUGUCGAGUUCAGAAACUACAGCAUGAGGUAUCGCGAGAAUCUGGACACUGUUCUGAACAGCAUUUCGUUUUCGGUUGGCUGUAACGAGAAAGUCGGUAUUGUUGGACGUACAGGCGCUGGAAAGUCGUCGCUGACAUACGCACUGCUGCGCCUAAUCGAGCCAGCAGGUGGCUCUAUCUUCAUCGAUGGAGUGGACAUCUCGACAAUUGGCCUCCAGGAUCUUCGUUCCAAGAUCAGCAUCAUCCCGCAGGACCCGGCUCUGUUUGUGGGCACUAUUCGAGAAAACUUGGAUCCACUGAGCGAAUUCACCGACGAUGAGGUUUGGACUGCAAUUCGCAAGGGCCAUAUCGAAGAUCUUGUUGAUAGACCGGCACAGGCGCAUGAUGUUAAUGACGACAGCAGUGGUCCGUGGGUUGAAGGAACAGGUCUGGACAAGUGGGUCGAGGAUGGUGGCAAGAACUUUAGCGUCGGCCAGCGCCAGUUGGUCAGUCUGUGUCGUGCACUACUUUGGAAGCGCAGAUCUUAGUUCUCGAUGAGGCAACGGCGAAUGUCGAUACAAAGACCGACCAAAUCAUGCAGCAGGUUAUCCGCGAGGAAUUCAAGGACUGCACGAUUUCUGACUAUUGCGC